GGCUGACCCUGCUGUUUUGAGGUGUUUGUUUUGGGCUUGGCUCCUGUGUAUUGGUUUGUGGCCAGUUUAAACCAGUUCACAGCUUUUAUAAGGUGUGGGAUGAGUGGGAUCCUGUGAGUGCCAGAGGGAACCCAGGCCUGCAGCUGCUGGUGCCGGUGGCCGUGCAAGCCCACAUGCCCGGGGCAGGUGGCACAGCUCUCCAGGAGGCAGGGACCUGCUCACAACCCAGACCAGACUGGAGCAACCCCGGAGCUCCCUCCCAGGCUUUGGGCUGCAGCAUCUUCCCCUCCAGGAUGGCCCCAGCGGCCAGAGGAGAUGGUGCUGCCCCGCAGCAGGAUGGGGGGGAUGUCACCUGCCCGCUGCUCUUCAUCCAGCUCAACCAGCUCCUCAGCACCCCAGAGGGGCUGGAGUGGAGGGAGAUGGCCAGGUGGAUAAAGUUCGAGGAGAAGGUGGAGGAUGGCGGGGAGCGCUGGAGCACACCCCACGUCCCAGCCCUCCCCCUGCACAGCCUCUUCCAGCUGAGGACAUGCCUGCAAAAGGGGACGGUGCUCCUGGAUCUGGAUGCCGCCAGUUUCAAGGAAAUAAUCGACAAGGUGCUUUCUGGGCAUCCCGAGGAAGCAGAGCUGCAGCCUGCGCUGAGGGAACGCCUGACAGCCCUCCUGCUCCUCCAGCCACGGCACCAGCCCACAAAAUCCCUGCUGCAGCUCCUCGCCGAGCUCACCCUCUCUCCCUGCCGAGAGAAGGCCAAAGGCAGGUCUGAGCCCGGAGCCCAGCUCUCCAAAACGCCUCUUAAGGAGCAGCUGAGAAACCGCUUUAGGAAGAAGGUCCCACCGGGAGCUGAAGCUGCUCACGUUGCUGUCGGUGAAGUGGAAUUCCUGGAGAAGCCCGUCACUGCCUUCAUUCGCCUCAGGCACGGGGUGUCCCUCGGCUCACUGGCUGAAGUUGCUCUCCCCAGCAGGUUCCUCUUCAUCCUGCUGGGUCCCCCCAAAGCGAAAGCCUACCACGAGGUUGGCAGGGCCAUGGCCACACUGCUGAUGGAUGAGCUCUUCCAAAGGGUUGCCCGGCAGGCUGAGCACCGAGAGGACCUCAUCACAGGGAUGGAGGCGUUCCUGGAUGAGCUGAUUGUGCUUCCUCCUGGGAAAUGGGACCCCAGUGCCCGAAUUCCUCCGCCAAGCUCUCUGUCAUCUCCGCACAGGAGGUGGGCUGGGGGGAGGGCACCCCAACCUCUGCCAGCCCCUCUGCAGGGUCCCAGGCCCCAUGGCAACGGGGACAUGGCAGCAGCUGGGGGCAGAGCCAGCCCAGGGCACCCAGGCUCCGGGGAGGAGCUGGAGAGGACGGGCAGGCUUUUCGGGGGGCUGCUGCGAGACAUCCACAGGAAGGCACCGUGGUACGGCAGCGAUUUCUCUGACGCGCUGCACCCCCAGUGCCUCUCAGCAGUGCUCUACAUCUACCUGGCCACAGUCACCAACGCCAUCACCUUCGGGGGCAUGCUGGGGGAUGCCACUGCCAACAUGCAGGGGGUGCUGGAGAGCUUCCUGGGCACGGCCUUUGCUGGCUUCAUCUUCUGCCUCUUUUCGGGCCAACCACUGACCAUCCUGAGCAGCACCGGCCCUGUGCUGGUCUUCGAGCGCCUCCUCUUCUCCUUCAGCCAGGACCACAGCCUGGACUACCUGGAGUUCCGCCUCUGGAUUGGGCUCUGGGUGGCCUUUUUUGGUGUGGUGCUGGUGGCCACUGAGGCCAGUCACCUGGUGAGGCACUUCACCCGCUUCACCGAGGAAGGCUUCUGUGCACUCAUCAGCCUGAUAUUCAUCUACGACUCCCUGAAGAAGAUGCUGAGCCUGGCAGACGCCUUCCCCAUCAACUGGCAGUACCGGCUGGACAACGUCACCUCCUACAGCUGCACCUGCAACUUGUCCAGCCCCGCCAGCAAUACCCUGACCCUCCUUCCCCUUGCAGUGUCCACGCACGACCCCUCCUCACCUCCUGUCCUGUCCCUGCAGCCUCCCGCCACCCCAGAGGGGCUGAGCAGGACCCAGUGCCUGGACCGAGGCGGGCACCUCCUGGGCACCAGCUGUCCGUAUGUGCCCGAUGUCACCCUCAUCUCCUUCCUGCUCUUUGGGGGCACCUUCCUCUCCUGCGCCGCCCUCAAGCGCUUCAGGAGCAGCCGCUACUUCCCUGCGGGUGUGCGGAAGCUGGUGAGCGACUUCGCCGUCAUCCUGGCCAUCCUCGCCUCCUGCGCCAUCGAUGCUGCCCUGGGCCUGGAGACCCCCAAGCUCCUUGUUCCCAGCGAGCUGAAGCCCACAAACCCAGCACGGGGCUGGAUCAUCGUCCCCUUUGGAGCCAACCCCUGGUGGGUGUGCCUGGUGUCCGCCGUGCCCGCCGUCCUCGUCACCAUCCUCAUUUUCAUGGACCAGCAGAUCACAGCCGUCAUCCUGAACCGCAGGGAGUACAAGCUGCAGAAAGGAGCAGGCUUCCAUCUGGACCUCCUCUGUGUCUCCCUCCUGAUGGUUGUCACCUCUGUCACCGGCCUCCCCUGGUACGUCUCGGCCACUGUUAUCUCCCUGGCGCACAUGGAGAGCCUGAGGAAGGAGAGUGAAACCUCAGCCCCUGGAGAGCACCCCAAGUUCCUGGGCAUCAGGGAGCAGAGGCUGACAGGCCUGGCCGUCUUCGUCCUGAUGGGAGUCUCUGUCUUCAUGGCCCCUGUGCUGAAGCACAUCCCGAUGCCGGUGCUGUACGGGGUGUUCCUGCACAUGGGGGUGGCGGCGCUGAACAGCAUCCAGCUCCUGGACCGUGUGCGGCUGCUCCUGAUCCCAGCCAAGCACCAGCCAGACCUCCCCUACCUCCGCCACGUCCCCCUGCGCCGGGUGCACCUCUUCACCGUCAUCCAGCUGCUCUGCCUGGCCCUGCUCUGGGUCCUCAAGUCCACCACGGCCGCGAUUAUUUUCCCGGUGAUGCUGCUGGCGCUAGUGGGGAUCCGGAGGGGACUGGAGCGCGUCUUCCCCCCGCACGACCUGGCCUGGCUGGACGGGCCCCCGCCCGGGCCGGGGGCGGCGGGGACGGAGCGCCGGGAGCGGCCGGAGAGGGGCGGCGGCGGCGCCCAGGAGGUCGGUGGUGCCCCGGGAGCCCCGAUGGGCCGAGCCGGUGGCGAGGCUGGCGGGGGGGGCGCCCAGGGGUGGGCGCGGUGCGACCCCGAACGCUCUGCUCUCCCCAUGCAGAUCGAGCCGAUGAACCACCCGGGACCGCAGAUCAACCUCUCCGUGAACUAG